CCAACUAACAAACAUCAUGGCCAUAUUUAUUUGGUGCACAUUCAUAUGAGAGAGUAUUAAUUACCUAAGACAGGUAACUUUUGAGUUCCCUAACCCUCAAUAGAUUAAUGUUUCAUUGUUAAUUAACCGAUCAAGUUGUUGGAUAAUGGAAAAGAGCAAAAUUUUGGUAAUUGGGGCAACGGGAAAUCUUGGUUACCAUUUAGCAGAAACAAGUCUCAAAUUUUGUCACCCAACAUUUGCUCUUGUUAGAGAUUCUUCUUUUUCUGACCCCAUCAAAUCCCAUAAACUUCAAUGUCUUUCUCAUGCCGGAAUUACCCUUCUCAAAGGUUCUCUCCAAGAUGAAGGUAGCCUUGUUGAGGCUGUGAAAUUAGUAGAUGUUGUAAUUUGUGCUGUUUCAGCUAAACAAACUCUUCAACAAAAGCUUCUCAUCAGGGUUAUUAAACAACUUGGUUCUAUAAAGAGGUUCAUCCCAUCCGAAUUUGGCUCAGAUCCUACCAAGGCUCAAGUAUGUGAACUUGAGGAUGGCUACAAUUUCUAUGCACCCAAAAUUGAAAUUAGGAAACUUGUGGAGGCUGAAGGCAUUCCGCAUACUUUCAUCUCCUGCAAUUUCUUCAUGAAAGUUUUGCUUCCUUCUCUUGUUCAACCAGGCUUAAAAGCCCCUCCUAGAGACAAAGUCACCAUAUUUGGUGAUGGCAAUACAAAAGGUGUUUUUAUGAAUGAAAGUGAUGUUGCUGCCUUCACUAUUAAUGCAGUUGAUGACCCUCGCACAUUAAAUAAAGUGUUGUAUUUGAGACCUCAAGGAAACGUUUAUUCUUUGAAUGAGCUGGUUGAGUUAUGGGAAACUAAAAUAGGGAAGAAACUUGAGAGGUUGCAUGUCUCAGAAGAAGAGCUUCUCCAGAAAAUCAAAGCAACAACUUACCCUGAAAACUUCGAGAUGCUAUUUAUUUAUUCUGCUUUCAUAAAAGGAGAUCACACAUACUUUGAUAUUGAUUCAUCCUCUGGUGUCAACGGUACAGAAUUAUAUCCACAGCUGAGAUAUACAUCAAUCAACGAAUUUUUAGACACACUUGUGUAGACUUUGUUUACGAUGUUAGAAACAAUGAACCUUUAUGUGCGUUUAAAAUUUCAUUUUUCCCCCAUGUUACAUGUUUAUCUAUAUAUUUUUCAAUGCAGUUUAAGAAUGUGCAAACCUGUUUUUGGAACAAGUUAACAAUAUUCAUUCUUUGGCAAGAAGUGGUGGGGACAAAAUUCAAAUUGACUCAAUUUUUUCUUAUAUUUAAGACCGGAUGAAGUAUAACAAUCGGAAUUCUUGUCGAGAUAAUAUAUGCAACACAAAGGGUUGCACUGGUAAUUGAGAUUUGCCACUGUUAAAGAAAAGUGACUCAGAUUUCUCUCUGUAUUUAAAAAUCACGGAUUUGCACAUAUUAAUUGAUGUCGAUGAUUUUAAUCCAUUGUCUUUGUAUCCUAACACUAUUUAUUUGAUAUUCAUGUUGUGAGUGAA